UGCGCGUUCACGAGACAAGGAUGUCGACUCCUCUCUUGCGCAACACCGGAAAAGACGGUGGUCAUGAAGGGUCAUGCAGUUUUCUUGCGCAAAGCAUCGCUGGAUCUUUGAUUAAUCGUAUGUGAAUGAUCUCUAGGGUUCCUACAAUCGCUCGUGCAUUGUCAGAAAUAUUUAAAUUUAAACCGUGGAACAAAAUGUUGAUCUAUUUUGAGCUUUUCUCAGAUAGAUAGUCAGCUUUAGCAUCUCCGCCGGCUUUAAUUGGAAGCCUCGCUCUGUGGAUUAGCUCAGCUGUGAGGCGAAGAAUGAGCGCGUCCAGUGAAAUAAAAGAAACGGGAGAAUAAUAGACCAAACACCAUGGAUUAUCGGCGUAAAAAGAAACUGACAUUCGCCACUAUUGGACUCAUUUUUCUUCUUAGCGGUGUGGAAUAUGCUGUGAUAUUACCCACCAUAUGGAGGUAUCUCCAGACUUUAAAUGCAGAGCCUUAUUUCCUUGGCUUAACACUGUCUGCAUUCAGUCUGAGUGGCUUGCUCUCAGGACCGUUGUUUGGUCACUUGUCUGACAGAACACAAACCACAAAGAAGAUCAUUUUGUUUGCCAACUUUUUCGAAAUAGUUGGUAAUUUAAUGUAUUUUAUGGGAUACUCCAAGUGGCUUUUACUGUCCAGUAGAUUGGUAGCAGCGUCCAUCUUUGGCUUUUUGACCCGAAGCACGGCGUCCGAGGACCGCGCUACCGUCUUUGCUGCUGUCAUGGCGUGCCGACAGGCUGGCCUUUUGAUAGGUCCUGCAUUCAACAUCUUCCUGAGGCUGUGUAAUUUCCAUUUGGGCUCUUUUGCCGUUAAUAAAUAUACUGCGCCGGGGCUGUUUAUGUGCCUGCUGUGGAUUCUCCUUCAAGUGGUGGUGGUGUUCAUGUACUGGGACCUCCCACAUUUGGAGAGGAGGAAGACCAAAGACAGUGUGAUACACAAGGAGGAAGAGAAUGCGCACGACUCUGUGGAAGAUGAGGAAGAAGGAGACGGAGAAGUAAAGCCGCUAAUGACGUCCCAGGAGCUGGUGGGCUCCUACGGCUCGGUGGUGGCGCCCGACCCCGGCAGAAAACACUCCAGUGUUUCCUCUGUUCAAAAUUCUCCGAUGUCCUCCCCCGUAACGUCACAAUCUCAUGAGCACAUCACUUCCUUAAGGAGUUCCAGCUUAUACAGAGAGUUCCUGAGAGAGGAGGUGGUCGUACUCCUGGCUGCCCAAUUCAUCACCCUUUUCAACCAGACGGCUCUGGAGACUAUGGUGACCCCCCUGACCCAGAAGUACUUUAACUUUGGGGAGCUGGAGAACAGUGUGAUGUAUUGUCUGGGUGGCGUGGUGGUGAUCGCCGGAUUCCUGUUUGUGCGCUGGCUCAGCAGACACGUGGCGGAGCGGGUGGUUCUCGCCAUCGGCUUGACCAUUUGCAACAUCUCCUGUAUCUGGUGCCUCAUAUUCUUGGCUAAACCAUUAGGAGGUUUCUCGUGGCAGUUGACCGAGUUCAUCAUCGGAGUGUUUCUGCAGGUUUUGGGUUUACCGUUUGUUGCUGUGGCUCAGGUGUCCCUCUUCUCCAAAAUCACCUCUGAGAAAACACAAGGUUUCAGUCAGGGAGUGCGUCGAUCAGUGGGGGGUUUGGCCACCAUUCUGGGCCCUCUUUGGGCCGGUGGUCUGACCGACAACAUGUAUGUAAUGAUGGGAGUGAUGGUGGUACUGCUGGUAAUGCUGUCAGUGAUGCUGGCUUUUUCAUAUAAUCGGCUGGUGGAACCUUCUGAGGACCAAACGGACAUUUCAGUAAAUGGAGGUUAAAUUUGCAGAAAAACAAACAAAGCAGGAGUUCUCUGAUCUCCCUCUUCAGUCUGCAGUGGAGCAGUUGUUUGGAAUGAAGCUCGCAGGAGAACGUGGCCCCCGGAUUAAACAGCUGUUUGUGAAUUUUAGAGGACUAGAACAUUGCUGCAUGUUUCCCAUGGAAAUAUAAAAUCCUUCUAGGAAUGCAUGUAGGAAAAAAAAAAAUGCUUCCAUCAAAGUUUAACCACAGCUUGUGGGGAACCGUCUGUACAUUCUGUUCCAGAACAAGAGCUUUAAUGAACCUUAUUUGUGGAUUUGACUGACUGAAAUGUUGUUAUUUAUAUUUAGAAGUGAUUUAUGCAAUAUAUUUAACUUGCAAUAAUUAUGGUAAUUAUUAUUUCAAUAAAACUGUUUUAUACAUUGUCAAUUUCAUUUUUUUUUGUAAAAUUAUUUUAAUUAUUUAAAAUGUUUGUGCUAUCAGGUGCAAACAUACAGUAUCUAUAGAAUCUCUGGAGUGUUUCAACAAGUCUUAUUAAAGAAUUCCGACUUCA